AUGCAUUCAACAAAACAAAACAACCAACAAGAUGCAGAAUCAGUAAGCAGCAUUGUUAUACCGCAAAGAAAACUUUUUGCACAAAAAGAUAGUCAAACUGUGAAAAAUUUUGAACAAAUAAUGGACAAUAGAGAAAACCUGGCACAACUAUAUCGGAGCAAAAUUAACUACGAUAAAACUAUUAAUGUUCAUAAAAAGGAUUCAUUUAACAGGAGUGCGAAGGAAUGCCGUAAACCUGUAUUUCCUGCAAAAAUUGCAAAUCAGGGCGAGGCACGAAAACUCGUUGGAAACCGAGUAGGCGCUAAACGCAAGAAUAUAUUUACUGAAUUUAUUGUAUCAGAAAGCGAAGAUGAAAUUCCUGUAUUUAAACCAAAAUUUUUUGGAUCUUCGAAAAACAAUAAACACCAGCAACAAAAAAAUUCAGCCCCACGUAAACUUCGAGAAUUUUCUCGAAGUCAUGAUAUAAUUGAUAAAGAAAUAGGUGGAUGGAAACUUUAUCUACAAUGGUUGAUAACCAACUUGGUAAUAUUGAAGGAAGCACUUCUGUAA